AUGAUGAUGGAUUGCUUCUCAACACCAGUCCAAAGAAAUAAUAACAUUAAUAAUAAUAAUAACAAUAGUAAUAAUAAUAAUAAUAAUAAUAAUAAUAAUUGUACAAUUAGUACUAGUGGUAGUAGUAGUAGUAGUAGUGGUGGUGGUGAAAUUAAUUGUAAUAAAAAUGAAAAAGAAGUUAUUGUUAAAGUAUUAAAGAAUGGAUUAAUAGAGAGUAAUUCAUUAUUUAAAGUAUAUAGAUUUGAAAAGAAUAUGUGUGACGGUGGAGGAUUUGUAUUGAAUAGAUUAAUAGGUGGUGAUAAAGAGUUACAACAUAUUGAUCCAUUUGUAUUGUUGGAUGAAAUUAAUACCAAUUCACCUCAAGAAUAUGAAAAAGGAUUCCCAGAUCAUCCACAUCGUGGUAUUCAAUUGGUGACAUAUAUGUUGGAAGGUUUGAUGGUACAUAAUGAUUCGUUAGGUAAUAAAGUUGUAUUAAAGACAGGUGAUCUUCAAUGGAUACUAUCGGGUAAAGGUAUAGUACAUAGUGAGAUGCCAUCCUCGACAACCUCUAAACUUUGGGUCAUUCAUUAUUGGUUAAAUUUACCAAAACAAUUGAAAAUGGUUGAACCAGAUUACCAAUAUGUAUCGAAUGAAUCAAUUCCAUUAAUUCAACGUACAAAUGGUAAUACUGAUUUCAUGAUUAAAGUUAUCUCUGGUCAAUAUUUAGAUAAUGAAACAAAGAUAUUACAUAAAAGUCCUUUAAAAAGUUUAGGUUUAAAUCCUCAAGUUUUAGAUAUUGAUAUAAAAUUAAAUACUGAUAAUAAUAAUAAUAACAAUCAACUUAUAAGUGCAGAUAAUGGUGAUAAUGGUGGUGAUAAUAAUAAUAAUAAUAAUAAUAAUAAUAAUAAUAAUAAUAAUAAUAAUAAUAAUAAUAAUAAUGAUACUAAUGAUAAUAAUGGUGAAAAUAAUGAAGAAUAUACUUGUAAAAAAGAAUCUACUACUCCAUUUGAAAUUGAUAUAAAUGAAACAUUUGGUUCAUUUUUAUUGGUUUUAGAUGGUCCAGUUUCAAUAAAUAAUUCAAAACCUAUUGGUCCUGGAAAACUUAUUGUAUUUAAUAGAAAAUCAAAUAAUAAUAAUAAUAAUAAUAAUAAUAAUAAUUGUACAAAUAAUAAUAGUAAUAUAAAUAAUAAUAGUGGUGGUAGUGAUAAUAUAGAUAUAGAUAAUGAAAAUUGUACCUUUAAUAGAGUUUCAAUAACAUCUAAAUCAAAUUCAAGACUUUUAUUCUUUUCAUCAAAACAAAUUCAAGAACCAAUAUUUAAAUAUGGACCAUUUGUAAUGAGUGAUAUGAAUGAUAUUCAUCAAUGUUUCAUUGAUUUUGAAUAUGGUCUUUAA